AUGGAGGAGUUGGCGAAAAUGGAGGCAACACCAUGCUACUGUAGGGAAGCUCCAGAAAUAUCAUCCGUUCUCACAGCCACAGUAGAAGAUGAUGAAGCUCAACUGGUGGAGGAUGCUAAUCCUACAAAGAAAUUGGAGUCCAACUCUGUGGACUUGGUGUCUGGUAAAGAAAGCACUGUGAAUAGUUUGUCUGAAGAGCUCUUUGCAUUUGAGUCCCAGAUGAAGUUCUUCGAGAUCCCUGAUCUUGAAGGGAAUUGGGAUGCUUCAGUGGACACUUUCCUCUAUGACAGCACAACUCAGGAUGGUGGGAAUCCGGUGGAUCUUUGGAUGUUUGGUGACUUUCCUCCCGUGUUGGGGAGAGUUUUCUGA